AUGCUGGGUCUGGAGGGCCCCUGCUGGGUGGGCCUGGGGCCCAAUGGGGGCUUUCCUGUGAGUGAAGAAUUUGGGGAUGUUCAGCUGUUCAGCAGUGUGCCACCCCUGGGCUUCCUGGGGGGCCUGACAAGGCAUGCCUUUGGCAGCCCAGCCUGUGUAUGCACUGAUACAGAGGGUAGUGUUAUUGUGACAGGCAAGCAGCAGUGCCAAGUUACCCUGUUUCCCCGGGCUGGGGCACCCAUCUGCUUGGUGUUUGAGGGGCUGGGGCAGUCCUUGUGCAUGACCUGUGUGCCCCAGGGACAGCUCAUGGUGGUGGAUGCAGGAGACAGCUACAUCAAGAUGUACCAGUGA